AUUGGCCCAAAAUACUAACACCAUUGAUUUUGUUUCGCCGAAGCUGUAAUAAUUUGCAGAUUGUGAGCUGCACUUCCUAAUUAGAAGAAGCUCAGCAGCAGUAAUCAACGAUGAUUCAUUUUGUGCUCCUUAUUAGCCGACAAGGGAAAGUUAGGUUGACAAAAUGGUAUUCACCUUAUUCUCAGAGGGAAAGAACUAAGGUUAUUCGUGAGCUUGGUCAAGUAAUUCUAAGCCGAGGGCCCAAGCUAUGUAAUUUUGUAGAGUGGAGAGGAUACAAAGUUGUUUACAAAAUAUAUGCCAGUCUGUAUUUCUGCAUGUGCAUUGAUCAGGAUGAUAAUGAAUUAGAGGUUCUAGAAAUAAUACAUCAUUAUGUUGAGAUUUUGGAUCGAUACUUUGGCAGUGUUUGUGAGUUGGACUUGAUUUUCAAGUUCCACAAGGCAUACUAUAUACUGGAUGAGCUUUUAAUUGCUGGUGAACUUCAAGAGUCGAGCAAGAAAACUGUCGCACGGCUAAUAGCUGCACAGGAUUCUUUGGUUGAGACUGCAAAAGAGCAGGCCAAUUCCAUAAGUAACAUAAUUGCCGAGGCCACAAAGUAGAUUGUUCGCAGUGCUGUCAGCCUUUGUAUUUGUGAGUUUGAUGUGCCAUGUGAAUGAAAUUCUGUUAUACUAAUUCUUUUUUUGAGUAAAUUUCUUUGAAUGUAAUCUCAGACUGUCAGCGUUAUUGCUCUUUAAUUUUUGUAAUAUUAUUUCUGCUUUGCAUAUGCCCAGCUAAAUUUUUUGUUCCUCGGGA